CGCCGCCGCCUCCAUCUUGCCUCCCUUCGCUCCCUCCCCCACCCCGCAACAGGAGCCGGAGCCGCGGCGGAGGCGCUGAAGCGAGCGGCAACGGGGCCGAGGAGGCUGGGAGCCGUGGGCAUGAGGGGGCGGCGCUGAGAAGACACGGGCUGAGCCGACAUCUUGCACCCCUCCCCCCUCGCCGACGCUGCGAGCCCGUCUGCCCCGCGGAAGACCCGGUGCCGUCGCCAAGGAAGACGAGAAAGCGGCCCAGGUUUUCUGAGUUGCUGCUAUGAGGAAGCCUCGAAGGAGGUCCCGGCAGACCCUUGAGGGGAGACGUUCUCCUUCGCCAUACAGCCUGAAAUGCUCACCCACACGGGAGACACUGACAUAUGCCCAGGCUCAGCGAAUAGUGGAAGUUGAUAUUGAAGGUCGUCUUCAUCGCAUCAGCAUUUAUGAUCCUCUGAAGAUCAUCACAGAGGAUGAAUUGACUGCCCAGGACAUCACAGAAUGCAACAGCAACAAAGAAAACAGUGAACUGCCACUGUUUCCGUCAAAAUCCAAGAAGACUCAGUGCAAAGGCAAAAAAAGGGAGGCAUGCACAAAACAUGCUGCUGGGACAUCUUUCCAUCUACCACAGCCCAGCUUCCGCAUGAUUGACUCCUUCAGCCAGCCAGAUGCUCCUUCCUUGCCUCCAGCGUACUAUCAGUAUGUUGAGAAACCACCUGAGGAUGUUGAUGCUGACGUGGAGUAUGAUAUGGAUGAGGAGGAUUUGGCCUGGCUGGACAUGAUCAAUGAGAAGCGGAAGAAUGAUGGCUAUGGGUCCAUUUCUGCCGAGACUUUUGAACUGCUGGUGGAUCGGUUGGAGAAGGAGUCCUACUUGGAGAGCCGUAACAAUGGGACCCAGCAAACUUUGAUAGAUGAGGAUGCCGUUUGCUGUGUUUGUAUGGAUGACGAAUGCCAUAACAGCAAUGUUAUUUUGUUUUGUGAUAUUUGCAACUUGGCUGUGCACCAGGAGUGCUACGGUGUGCCCUACAUCCCUGAGGGACAGUGGCUUUGUCGCUGCUGCCUGCAAUCCCCUUCCCGCCCAGUCGAUUGUGUUUUGUGCCCAAACAAAGGUGGAGCCUUCAAACAGACCAGUGAUGGUCACUGGGCCCAUGUUGUUUGUGCCAUCUGGAUCCCGGAAGUCUGUUUUGCAAACACUGUGUUUCUGGAACCGAUUGAGGGAAUAGAAAAUAUCCCACCAGCUCGGUGGAAAUUAACUUGUUACAUUUGCAAGCAAAAGGGCAUGGGAGCAGCCAUUCAGUGUCACAAGGUGAACUGCUACACUGCUUUCCAUGUGACCUGUGCCCAGAGAGCUGGCUUCUUCAUGAAGAUUGAGCCCAUGCGGGAGACCAGCCUCAAUGGCACCACCUUUACUGUGCGCAAAACUGCUUACUGCGAGGCACAUUCCCCUCCUGGCAGCGUGAAGAAAGGAUGUAUAGCUACUGUUCAUGAAGGGGAGGAGGACAUUGCAAAGAAUGAGAAGGUGGACGAGGACACUCCUCAGAACAAGAACAAAGUGAAAUUGAAGCAGAAGGGAAAGAAGGAUGCCUGUGCUUCUACACCUCUACUGAUGGUCACACAGAUUCCUUCUUAUCGGCUAAAUAAAAUCUGCAGUGGACUCUCCUUCCAGAGAAAGAAUCAGUUUAUGCAGAGGCUGCACAACUACUGGCUCUUAAAGCGUCAGUCAAGAAAUGGUGUCCCACUAAUACGGCGGCUGCACUCUCACUUACAGUCCCAAAGAAAUGCCGAACAGAAAGAGCAGGAUGAAAAGACCACUGCAGUGAAAGAAGAACUGAAGUACUGGCAAAAACUGAGGCAUGACUUAGAAAGGGCACGGUUGCUCAUUGAAUUAAUUCGUAAGCGAGAGAAACUCAAACGUGAGCAGGUAAAGGUUCAGCAAGCUGCUAUGGAGUUACAGCUCACGCCUUUCAAUGUGCUGCUGCGCACAACACUGGAUUUACUGCAGGAAAAGGAUCCAGCCCAGAUCUUUGCAGAGCCUGUAAAUUUGAGUGAGGUUCCAGAUUACCUGGAAUUCAUUUCCAAGCCAAUGGAUUUUUCUACUAUGAGGCAGAAGCUGGAAUCCCACCAGUACCGAACACUGGAUGAGUUUGAGGAGGAUUUUAACCUUAUUCUUACCAACUGCAUGAGGUAUAAUUCUAAAGACACCAUUUUCCAUCGGGCAGCUGUCCGGCUCAGAGACCUUGGAGGGGCAAUAUUGCGCCAUGCACGGCGGCAAGCUGAGAAUAUUGGUUUUGAUCCCCAAGUAGGGAUUCAUUUGCCUGAAUCACCAAAGACAGAAGACUUUUAUCGUUUUUCUUGGGAGGAUGUUGAUAAUAUUCUCCUUCCCGAGAACCGGGCUCACCUCUCCUUGGAGGUACAACUGAAAGAGCUACUGGAAAAGCUAGAUAUGGUGAGCACCAUGAGGUCGAGUGGUGCCCGAACCCGCCGCAUCCGCCUCCUGAGACGUGAAAUCAAUUCUAUCCGGCAAAAGCUGGCCCAGCAACAGAACAAAACCAUGCCAAAUGGAGAUCCAGCUCCAUGGGAAGAGGGACUGGAAAAAAUGCUAGAAGGAGAACGGGAUGAAAAUGGUGAGAAAGCAGAUGACACCAAGCCCCCACUUCCCCCCACCCUGGAGCCCACAGGACCUGCACCCUCCCUAUCGGAGCUGGACUCUCUGCAGGACCCUCCAACUCUCAAACCCAUUAGCGAAAGCAAGUCCUUGAACAGACUACAUAAACGGCUGAAGUCCGAGGGUGAGCGCUUUGAUAAGAAGACGCUGCAGAGGGAGAGCCACGCCUUCCAGCGCUUGCUCAGCGACAGCGGCCUGAACGGAUUGGCCCUUCAGGUCACGGGCACAUCUGCCAGCCCCCCGUUUAGUGGAGUGGGCAGGCGGACAUCUGUCCUUUUUAAAAAAGCCAAGAACGGGGUGAAACUGCAAAGAGGUCUGGACUGCCCCCUUGAGAAUGGAGAGGACCACAGCCAGAGUGGGCAGCUCUCCCCCUCCAGCAUAGAGGGUGAGCGGCCAUCCCGGAAACGGCCACAGAGUGGGAGCUGCAGCGAGAGCGAUGGCGAGAAAUCCCCCAGGCAGGCAGGAGUGACAGCAGCAGUGACCAAUGGCUACAGGAAGCAUAUGGAAAGCGGUUCUGACUCAGAGUGCAGUACUGGCCUUGGUAGUGGUCUCACAUUUGACAUCUGCAGUGGUUUGGCUCCACACAAACGUAGCCGAGGGAAACCUGCCCUGGCUCGGGUUCCUUUCCUGGAUGGUGUGAAUGGAGACUUGGAAUAUAGCAGCUCAGGUAGAAACUUGCUGAUGCAGUUUGAGGAGCACACUGAACUAGAACCUCUGGAGCUUGUGUGGGCAAAGUGCCGUGGCUACCCUUCUUACCCAGCACUGAUAAUUGAUCCUGAAAUGCCACGGGAGGGCCUCCUGCACAAUGGAGUCCCAAUCCCUGUCCCUCCGCUGGAGGUUUUGAAGUUAGGGGAGCAGAAACAAGCAGAGACUGGAGAAAAGCUUUUCCUUGUCCUUUUCUUUGACAACAAGAGGACGUGGCAGUGGCUUCCACGGGAAAAAGUUCUUCCCCUUGGAGUAGAUGACACAGUGGAUAAAUUAAAGAUGAUGGAGGGACGGAAAACCAGCAUUCGCAAGUCUGUCCAGGUUGCGUAUGACCGGGCCAUGAUCCAUAUGAGUCGCGUUCGGGGAGACCAUCCUUUUGUCACACCAAAUUACCUGUAGAGACUGAAGCUGGAGUCUACUCUGCCCUUUCUGCUAUUCCUGGAGAGAAUGUCUUCAUCUAAAGGCACAAAAGGUCUUGGGGUGCACUAAUUAGUGGGAGAGUUGCCCUUUGCACAGAAGCAGGUGAAGGUGGUUGUGCUCGUAGCAGAGAAGCACUGUUUCUUUCCGUUGGGAACGCUCCUGUAAAAUACCUGAUAUGUGCCAAAAUGCCUGUCUGGGUUCCUUCUGAAUAUGUCCACUGAAGAUCCAGCAGAAGUAGUAAUGAAAUGCUUUGACUGAUAAGAUGAUGCCAGGAGCCACUGCACUGCAAUGCUGUGGCCUUGGCAGAAGCUUAGGCCUCAGAAACAGAGCUGCUUGCUGAUUGGACUGGAAACCUCGCAAGUCGGUCAUAUUUUCAGUAUUCAACUAGUCCUGAAGAAUUCUCUGGAGCCUGCCUCAGUCUCCUCCUGAUGACUCUUGUGUGCCAAAUUUACAGUAGUAUUCACCAUCGCUUUUCAUGUUAUUUUUAAAAACACUCAUUUGCCCCUACUACCUUUAUAAGAUUUACAGCCUAGUUUAGAAAUUUCAUACCUAGGUUUAUAUAAGUUUUAAUGUUAGAUCGUACUGGCAAAAAAGAUCGAGAUGAUAUUUUGGUGAGUCUUCCCCUUUCCCCUCAUGCACACUUACAUGCUCAAAGCUUUAAAUAUGAAGAAGAAAUUACUUGUGGAACAUUUUGUGUGAUUACAUUUAUGAUGUUGUUUUUGCAUUUCAGUGUCAAGUUAAUACAUUGUUGAAACAGAAACAAAACAGUAUUCUUAAAAUUCGUUAGAAACCACCUAACCCGCUGGGCAUUAGAUACUGGGGUUUAUUAGGGCAUGGGGAAAGCACCACCUUUUGUGGUUUGGAGAACAUUUGGCCCAUUACCCCAGUUCAGGGGGAGUGUGUAACUGAAUUAUGGCUGAGUAGCUGCUGCCUCGUUUGACUGCUGGAAGCUGAAGCAGCCUAUAGAGGGGAUACCCUGUGUGUAGAAACCUGCUUCCAUGUGCACUCCGCCUCCACCUAGAGGGGGGCUAUUGUGCGGCUCAGUGCAGGUGGCGCACUGUGCUCUCCAGCUUUAUCUGCUUGCUUAGAGUGCCAUAUCUCCGUUGAAAUAUGUGGCUUUGGAUCAGGGCAUCCAUGUGAAACCACAGUUCCUCUUUCUCCUGGAAAAUUGCUCUGUUUUGUUUGGGGUUGAGUCAAAAUGUUGUCUUGUCUUCAUGCUCCCCACACCACGUUGCACUUUCAUUCUUUGCUUUCCCAGAAAUAUUUUGCCAUUUGUGUUUGUGUUCCGUAAGCUUCUGUUAUUGGGAUCUGUUAAAAAUAGAGCACAACUCCUUAGGGAAUCCAAUUUUUUAAAACUUGCAUGUAUUGGGAAAGCAGGGAGAGCUGAAGUUUGCAAGUUGAUAAAUCAAAAUUCAGAUCAGAAAUAUUUUAUCUACAUUUUGAUGUCUUUUCUUUUUAAGUGUUAUAAACCAAAGGAGCAGAGCAAGAUUGUAGUUUGAAAAGAUUGCCCUUUUUCUCUUUUAAACUCAUUUUUAUUAUUUUAUUUUUUCAUACUAAAGAGAUUGUGGAACAAAAUGUUAAUGGGGAAAAAUCACUGCCAUUUCUAUGUGGUUUACUGUUUUGAAAAGUACCACAUCUUAUAUAUUGGGACAUAAAACCACACUUUAUGGGAAAUAUCUGUAACAUAUAAAGAUGAUGAAGAGGAAUCUUUUUUUAAAUAGUCAAUAAUGCCUGAAGAGUGUGGCUAUGGAAGGAACAUGUGUACAUAGUUGUAAAAUAGUAUUCUAAAUUAUUCAGGCCAAUUGUUACCAUUCUUAAGUCCUCAGUUGUGUUGCUGGGUCUUUUGUAUGCACACAGUGUAAUUAAUUUAAAGCAACAUACACUUUUCCCAGAGUGUAGCUCAGCUGUGGACUUGUGACCUAUGUAUAACUGUUUUAAGAUCUUGCAUUUUACUUUUUUCAUUUUUUAAAAAUUACAUUUUAACGAUUUGAAUGGGCUAAUAUUCUGCUGUUGCUAUGGGACCUAAACGUGACCUGUCAGUCUGCUGUAAAGCACAGAUGGCUCUAUUUAUUGUAGAAAGUGAGUAUAUUUGCUUUCUAGAACUGUUUAUAUCAGAUGGUAUAAGAGGUAAUAAAAAUCUAUGCUUGUAAAGAAAAAAAAUGCUAAUUUUACCUACUAUAAUCUGACUGUCUGAAACUAUAUUUUCUCUCUGAGAAAUAAAUGUUCUAAUGUAAAA